GAGGAUGUGGGUGCGUGCGCUGUCGUACCGGGGAGGGAGGUCAGAGGUCACCUGGAGGCCUGAAGUCGGGAUGAACGAACUGCGGGGUUUUGCUUCCAUCUAGUGGUGAAAGUGAGAGACAACAUCCGCACCGUCGUCUUUUAACCUUUCACUAAUAGUAGCGCCAUCCGAAUGAUGUCAAGCGGCUGAGUCGAAACAAUUCUGAUCGGUUACCUGCUGAGGUUGAAUGCUCCACUGAGGUUUGGGGGGACGGCCUUGGCGGCUGGCACUCACAGUACCGCUCUCAGGUGACAGGUGGCGCUGCUCCGUUUGCGACAGAUAAACGCCGGCAGUAGAAGAAGAAGCUCGCGCCUAAGACGACGAGGCUGCUCGCGCUGUCGCCGUGCUUGACACCGCGUCUUUUAAACAGGGAACAUGAAUACGAUCGACGAAGGCGAUCAGCAUGAUUCGUAUGAGCUGGAGGAGGACAGCGACGAGGACAGAGGCGCCAGCAGUUCUGAGGACGAGCUGGACGUGCUGCUGAACGGGACUCCGGACCAGAAAAGGAAGUUGAUCAGGGAAUACCUGACUGGGGAGAGCGAGUCUUCCAGCGGCGAUGACUUCGAGAAGGAGAUGGAGGCCGAGCUGAGCAGCACCAUCAAGACCAUGGAGGGCUCGUGGCGCCCCGCAGUGGCAGCCGAGGCUUCCACCGCAGCAGGAGCGUCACACAUGUACGAUAAGGUUUACUUUGAUUCAGACUCGGACGAAGAAGAAGCUGCAGCUUCCAGUAGUCAGCAAACCGGACGGCGCAGGAUUCCCACCAACGACGAGCUGCUCUACGACCCGGACCAGGACGAUCGGGACCAGGCGUGGGUGGACGCUCGCCGCAACCGGUACGCAAACAGGAAACGGCCGUCCACUUCGUCGUCUUGCUCGCGGAAGCGCCAGACUGCGGGUUCUUCCAGCAGCGAUGCUGUGCUGAACUGCCCGGCCUGUAUGACCACGCUGUGUCUGGACUGUCAGAGGCAUGAGAAGUACCGCACUCAGUACCGGGCCAUGUUUGUCAUGAACUGCACCAUAAAGAAGGAGGAAGUUCUGCGCUACCAAACCAAGAAGGACAGAAGAGCCCGGAGCCAGAAGAAGAAGAGCCAGAGGUCGCCGGGGGCGAGUGAGCCCACACCUGCCGGCAUGAGCUCUGAUGAAGUCUACCACCCGGUGCAGUGCUCGGAGUGCUCCACAGAGGUCGCAGUGCUGGACAAAGAUGAGGUCUUUCACUUUUUUAACAUCCUGGCCAGCCACUGCUGA